ACCGGGAUCCCGCCCGCUACAGGACAGAGGGUGAGCAGGCUGAGGACCCGCGGGUGGCCGACAGGAGGCUGUCUGCCCACAUCAGGAGGCCCAAUGGCGACCCCCCACCCUGCUCGGUGCAGGGGCCCUACUGCGUGGAUGAGAACACGGAGCGAAGAAACCACUACCUGGACCUCGCCGGGAUCGAGAACUACACGUCCAAAUUCGGCCCCGGGUCCCCACCAGCGCAGGCCAAGCAGGAGCACCACAGCAGGGCCUCGCAUCUCCAGACCAGGUCGCGCUCCCAGGAGUCGGACGCCCACGCCGUGCAUCAGCGCAGGUCCCAGGUGCUGGCUGAGCACACCGUGCUGGCUGCGGAGCCUGCUGCCCGGGCCCUGGACAUGCAGCCCCGGCUGAAGGGGCAGGAGAAGCAGUUCCUCAAGUCCCCCAAGGGCUCAGGGAAGCCGCCUGGGGUGCCGGGCAGCAGCAAGCCAGGGAAAGCCUUCAGCUACCACCUGCCGACUGGCCCACUGCCCCCUGCCCCUCAGGAUAGCCACCAUCUCCCGCAGCCCCCACCACAGCCCCCGCUGCAGCCCUACGGACACAAGCGGUACCGGCAGAAGGGGAGGGAUGGCCACUCGCCACUCAAGGCCAUGCACGGCCAGCCUGCUGUCGUGGAGCACGAGCUGGUGCGGGACCUGCCGCCCAUGCUGGCAGGCGAGGGCUGCGCGGUGCCCGUGCUGCAGCGGCACGAACACCACCACCACCACGAACACCACCACCACCACCACCACCACCACUUCCACCCGGCCUAGUGCCGCUGCCCGCAUGCCCGGUGACAGCACACCGUGGCCCGCGCACUCUGGGGCGGGUGCAGCGCGCUCGGUGUUGGCGUGAGCUGCUGUCCCCAGCCCGGCAUCCGGCUCCAGGUCCCAGGUGUGGGCGUGGCGGAGGUGGACCGGGCCCAUCCCUCCUGCUUUCCUCUCUUCGAUGCCACGUGCAGACAAGACACUUGACCCCCUGACAUUUCCAGAUAUAAAGCUCUUCUCUGUAACCCAUAAAAACCAUACAUAGGUGUAGAAAAAUACACUCGUAUCUGCUUUCGUUUAUGAUCCCAAAAUGAGGCCCCGAGCACUACAGGGAAUCUCUGCUCGGGCGCUCUUGGUGGCCCUCACGGUGCUUCCAACCGGGGCUGCUGGGGACUGUUCCUGCUGAAGGGGGUGGCGAGGCCGGGAGAGGGCGGGGAAGCCGCAGCCUUUUGUGUCACCUGCUUGCGAUGAGGUCAAGGUGGGUCUGGGGAGCAGCUGUUCCUUGGUGUGCCGUGUCUUCAGUCCCCUGCACGACGCCGGGCACAGAUCAGAGUGGACGGAGGGUGGCUUCGAUCACUGUCAAGAAAUGCAAAGGUCAGGCCGCUGAGAGCAGAAAAGGGGGUGGGGAGGUGGGCGGGCUGGCGCACGUGGGCACCUGAGGCUGCUCCAGUCUCUGGUGCCACCAGCAUCCCGGGUGGACACAGGCAGGAGCUGGUGGGGCUGAGUGAACACACGGAAGCUUGACAGGAGGCAGGAGUCUCAUCCUCAGCUAUGGAAGCAAAACACGGGUGGACUCAUGUCUGAACAGUCCUGUUCCUCGUGGUACAGCUGCCACAUUUCACCUCCGGGAAGAGUAGAAAAGGGUGCAGACCAAUGGGCCUGCACUGGGUUCAUGUGGUUCCACCGAGGCAGGGAACAGCCCAGGCUCUGUCUUCCGAGCCAAGCAAGUACAGCUUUCUGGCAAUGUGUGAGUUUGUGCAGGUGAUUUUCCGUUUUCCCUCUUGGCACUGUUUUUAAGGAUACAGCAAAAUAAUGUCAACUGGUAAUUGAGGUUUUUUCUAGGCAUAAUAAAAAUCUAUUCAUUUUGCAA